UGUCGGGGCUGCUGUCACCCGCGCGCCGCGCGCCGGCCUGUCGAGCGCCAGGAGACGGGUGGGGGCCUUCGGGCGGGUGAUGUCGCUAUGGUGACCGGCAGGGGCCUUCCGGAAAUGGCACUUCCGGGGCGGGUCGCGGGAGCCCACUUCCGGGCCGCUCCGGGGCCAGCCGUUGCCUCGACGACGCGGAGUCCAGCGCUGCGCGGCAGGCGGGGCGGCGGGCUCAUGGCGCUUCUGCUCCGGGCGCUGGCCACGCUAGCGGCGCUGGCGGCGCUGUCUCGGCCCGGCUCCGGGGAUGCGGGCGACGGGGGGUGGCGGCGGGGCGGGCCGGGGGCGCCGGCGGCCGUGGCGGAAGAGGACCGCUGUACCGUAGAGCGCCGAAGCGACCUCAGCUACGCCGAGUUCGUGCAGCAUUACGCCUUCCUGAGGCCUGUCAUUUUGCCGGGGCUUACGGAUAACUGGAAGUUCCGGGCCCUGUGUUCCCGCGAAAGGCUGCUGGCCUCGUUCGGGGACAGCGUGGUCCGACUGAGCACUGCCAACACCUACUCCUACCAGAAAGUGGAUCUGCCCUUCCAGGAAUAUGUGGAGCAGCUGCUGCAUCCUCAGGAUCCCUCCUCCCUGGGCAAUGAUACCCUGUACUUCUUUGGGGACAAUAACUUCACUGAAUGGGCAUCACUUUUUCGGCACUACUCCCCACCCCCAUUUGGUCUACUAGGUACUGCUCCUGCUUACAGCUUUGGAAUUGCAGGAGCCGGCUCUGGGGUGCCCUUCCACUGGCACGGGCCAGGUUACUCGGAGGUGAUCUACGGCCGUAAGCGUUGGUUUCUCUACCCACCUGAGAAGACACCACAGUUCCACCCCAACAAGACCACGCUGGCCUGGCUCCAGGACACGUACCCAGCCCUGGCGCCAUCUGCACGGCCCUUGGAGUGUACAAUCCGGCCUGGUGAGGUGCUGUAUUUUCCUGACCGCUGGUGGCACGCAACGCUCAACCUCGACACCAGUGUCUUCAUCUCUACUUUUCUCGGCUAGCCAGAGCAGGCGACUAGCAAGCCUGUCACAUACCAGCACAUGUCCAUGUAGCACUCACAGACUUUAUUAUAGGGACAGUGGUGGCAGCAGCAGCUUCAGUCCAACCCACCCUCACCUGCUUUUCCAGCUCAGGGGGAACAGGGGAGGCCCGUAGCCCAGCAAGGGCUAUGCUGAGAUGGGGAGCAGUCCACAGCCCAAUAGCAGAACUGAAGGGGUGGGGCCCAGGGACAGACUAUGUACAGGAAUUGGGGGCUUCUACCCCAGUGCCCUCCUGGGCCAGGGCACUGGGCAUACCAGGAUUGGGGGCGGGGGCUCAGUAGUCCUCCACCCAGCCGUUUUCAGAGAUGAAUGCAUCGAUGACCUCCUUCAUGGCCAGGUUGGGGAUGAGCUGUUCCUGCGUUAGGGGGCUCCGAGUCACUGGGUCAAAGUGGCCCACACGCUGUAGUGAUAACAGGAUUAGAGGGCAUUCAGUGGGCCCAAGGCCACAGUGUUGGUCCUGCUCCCAUGGGCCCUCACCUGCAGGUGCUCCUCGAUGUCCUUGCGGUCAUAGGUGAUGCCACUUGGUGUGAUGCAGGGCUCACGCAUCAGCUCAAAGCUGAUCUUACCACACAGGUAGUCAGGGAUGUCUCGCUUCUGUAGCAAACAGGGACAGGGUCAGGGACCAGGAAGAGAACACUGCCCCAGCCUGUAACCCACAGGCUACUUCAGGGAGUAGACACUCACCUUUCUCUUCUCAUCCACCUGAGAGAAGAGCUCAUCCAUGUCCGCCAUAUACUUGUCCUACAAAAAUUGAGCACUACAUAUGGGUGGGACACCCCAUCUCCCUUCUCCAUCCAUACACAGACCCAUCACAGGCAGGGGCACCCUCAUGUCACACACACACAGGCAGGCUGGGGGCACCCUCACAUCACAGACACGCACAGAGACCCACAUGUGGGCCAGGGGCACCCUCACGUGCUUGGCCUCAAUGCAGGCCUGCUGGGCCCGGACAUGGCUAUCGUCCUCGUCACGCUCGUGGUUCCGCUGGCACUCUUCCAGCUCCCUGGAGGUUGACCAGGAGCUGGUCAGAGAUGGACCUGGCCAGAUGUUAGGCCCCACCCCAGCCUCAAGGCUAAUGUUCAGGCCUCUUCUCCCUCAAUUUCCUGUUGGCCAGUGUUGGCCUUCAAUAAACACUUGUGUUGGUGAC